CCACGGUUGGCCACCUCCCACCACCAGACGCGUCGUUAGCGGCGCAUUUCUUUGCCAUGGAUCCCCGUCGUGGGUCUGUUAUGCAUUCCCUUGAACCUACAGCAGGACGGUCUGGAAUCCCUCUUCCAUCAACAGCUAAUAAGCCUACCCCCAACCUACGUGCAUCUCUUGCCGGCGGGCCAGCUCGAACUCCAUUCACCUCUCAUUAUGGAUCCCGGCCAAAUAAUAGGCAAUCUAUAUUCCAACCGCAGAAUCCUCUUCUACAAAGUGCGUCAAAACUAUUACCGAACCUGGGUAAGACGCCUUUGAACAACAGCGUUCGCCGUACGUCGGUAUGGCCUGCUGGAGCUCUUGGCGGGGCUCCAUCAAAUAACCAAACAACGAAAGAUACUCGUCCUCUUCGCGACAAGGCCUACCAAGCCAAGAUGCGCCAUGAUAUACUAGACUUCUUCCAGAAUGCGGGUCACGAGACAAUUACAAUGAACACGUUGAUCAAUAUCCAAGGGAAGGACUUUCGGGCUAUCUUUGACUACCUAGUUCUUUCCUUAGACGCGUCGUAUCCCUUGAACCCCAAGGCUUCGAUACAAGAGCAGUUUAUACCAGCCCUCAAGUAUCUGAAAUACCCUUAUGUAUCCCAAAUUGAUAACAAGUGGCUGGCCGCACCCGCCAGCAUGCACUCGUGGCCAUCUCUUCUAGGUAUUCUCCAUUGGUUGGUGCAACUAUGUCAAAUGCGGAACCAUUAUCUAGCGAGUGGACAUCCCACUCUUCAAAUAAGCACAGAUAUACCCGAUGAAUUCGACGACCCAAUGGAUCACACUGCACUUGCGUACGAUUUCGCCGAGCAAGCCUAUUCCCUUUGGCUCGAUAGCAGCGACGAAGACAGCAGGGACUUGAUGGUUGAGCCCAAGCAGGCUUUGGAAGAACGCUACGCGAAAAAGAAUGAGCGGGUACAACAUGAUCUGGAGCAACUGAGAAAGCAGCUGGACGAUGCGACGAUCGAAUACGACAAACUGAAAAGCUCCGCUGCCCCAAUCGCGAAAGCCCAAGAUGAAAAUGGCUUGUUGAAGGGUGACAACGAGAAAUUUCAGAAGAUCCUUCAGCUUUAUGAGGUUAAGAAGAAGAAAUUGAUUGACUUCAUUGCUCAAGAGAAGACAGAGCUUGCAAGAAAAGAUGAAAGCUUGACCCAGAUGAAAUUGGAGCAGGAGAGGCUUUCAGAUAUUGUCAAGACGCAAAAUUUGUCUCCCGAGGAAGUCAGUCGCAUGACAACGGAGCACGAAACGCUCUCCAGGAAUUUAGAAGACCUCAGACAAAAGAUCGCCGAGACUCAUCGGACUGUUUUGAAUUUAGAGGUCAACGUCACGAAUCGGGCUGCUGCUACAGAGGAGGCUCUGGAUGCAUAUAUCAAUUUACUCUCCUCUUUGGAGCUUCUUCCGCCUCUACCGCCGCCUUUUGAAGGUGUCGAUCUCAUGCUGGAGCUGAACACCGCCGCUUCCAAUCCUCAUCAGCUUUUAAAGGGCGCCGAGAUCAGGAGGGUCAUUAGGCCUACCCUCAACAAUAUUGCGGAAUCCAAGAGAUCCGAGCGCGCAUCUGUUGAGAGCGAGAGGAUCAAGGUUGAUAAUGAGUUGGACCAACUCAUGGCAGAAUGUGAGAAUCUUGACCUCGAGACAACCGAAGUAGAGAAGAAAGUCGUUAGCCUUCAUGAACAAGCAGAGGAAUUGAGAGACGCCGCGCAACAAGAAGCACUCGUUGCCAGCAAUGAAGCAACACGAGUGGAACGAGAACUUGCCCACGCUAGAACGGCUGCUUUGGCCAAUGGCAUGGGUGUCAACACACGACUGACCGGCUUACAAUUCAAAUAUCAAGAACAGGUGGAGAAAGUCUCUCGACUGAAAGAGGCAACUGUGCGUGCUAUCAUCAAGAACAGUAAUGAUAUUGCCAUGUUCAAGAGCGAAGUUUCGCGGCAUUUAGUUGAUUUGCGGGAGUUCGUGGACACAUCUCAGAGUUAAUGCAGGCCUUACUUGUGGUUGUGGGCAGUAUCUAAGUUAUUGGUCUUGUAUUAUUUCUUGUAUUUCCAUGGAUGUCAAAAGCGGAGUUGAUGGCUAACCGGUAUCAGAUGGAGAUCCUGAACCUCGGUG